ACUCAUCCCUCAUAAAUUGCUAGUCGCAGCUCUUCCCUCCUCUCUCUCUCUCUAGCUGGCUCCCUACUCUGUGUUUCUCUCUCUAGUCUCUCCCUUGUUGUAGACUCGAUUUUUGUCUGACUUGACUGAGACAACAAGCGCCGGCGAACUCUCCGACACCCACCAUGGAUCCGUGCCCGUUCGUCCGCCUGAUCGUGGAGUCUCUAUCCCUCAAGCUGCCGCAGCCGACCAAGGCAUCCGGCGCCUCUGGCGUCCACCCCUCCGCCACCCCCUGCUUCUGCAAGCUCCACAUCAAAAACUUGAACUUUCCCACCCAGACUGCCCUCCUCCCCCUCUCCACCUCAUCCGACGACCACUCCCCCCGGGACUCCUCCUCCUCCGCGGCCGGGUUCCACCUCGACCCGGCUGAACUCCGUCGCCUCGCGGGGCGGCCCCUGGUGCUCCGCUUGUCAGUCUACACCGGCCGCACUGGCCGCACUUGCGGGGUCGCCGCCGCGAAGCUAAUAGGGCGGGUCCAGGUCAGCGUGGGGCUGGACCGGGACGGGGCCAACUCGCGUCCCGUCGUGUUUCACAGAGGGUGGAUGAAGCUCGGGGCAGGGUGCCGGGGCGAGCCGGGGGCAAGGAUUCACGUGGUGGUCCGGUCAGAGCCGGAGCCCCGCUUCGUGUUCCAGUUCGGGGGGGAACCGGAGUGCAGCCCGGUCGUGUUCCAGAUACAGGGGAACAACAACGUCCAGCAGCCCGUCUUCAGCUGCAAGUUCAGCGCCGACCGCAACUCCCGGUCCAGAUCCAUUCCAUCUGACAUCAGCCAUAGCAGAGGAUGGGCGAGGACCCUCUCGAGGAAUGGGCAGAGGCGAGGAAGGGAGAGGAAAGGGUGGACGGUGACCAUCUAUGACCUUUCCGGCUCAGCUGUGGCAGCAGCCUCGAUGAUCACGCCCUUCGUCCCGUCUCCUGGAACCGAUCGUGUCUUGAGAUCGAACCCUGGGGCGUGGCUCAUCCUCCGACCCAGUGGGGGGCACUCUGCCAGCAACUGUAACUUGAAGCCCUGGGGUCGCCUUGAGGCAUGGCGAGAGCGGGGGCCUAUUGACGGUUUGGGCUACAAGUUCGAGCUUGUAACAGAGAAUGGGCCCACGAACAGCCGAAUCCCCAUCACCAAGGGCACCAUGAGCGUCAAGAAGGGCGGGCGUUUCUGCAUUGAUAAUCAGCCAACGAGUGAAUGUGGAGGAUCCAUUCUAAGGUCGCCCAUUAAGGGCUUUGUUAUGGCAUCAACAGUCGAAGGCGAGGGAAAAGACAGCAGGCCUUUGGUGCAGAUUGGGGUGCAGCACGUCACUUGCCCAGCCGAUGCGGCCCUGUUCAUAGCCCUCUCAGCAGCAAUCGAUCUCAGCAUGGAUGCCUGCAGGGUUUUCUCGUAUAAACUCCGAAAGGAGCUUUGCCACGAUGAUCAAGAUUUGUUCCCUUGAGAGGGCAAAGAAGGUUUUUCGAGCCAUAACAACCGAGUGGCAGUUGAUACAUCAUCCUCAACUCGAGGUCGAAUUUCAUUUAUUCUUUUCAUGAUUUUGGUUCUUAUAGAGAUGUGUCGGGUUUCUUCUUUGAUCGAUGGCGAGGAGAAGAGGAUUUUCUGUUUGUUCCUGGAGACAAAGAAAGUUAAAGCGCAAGUCCAAGGAUUGGAAAAUGUACAGUAAGGGAGAGUGUCACUUUCUUUUUUUAUUUUUAUUUUUUAAAUUUUUUGGGUUUUACUCAAAAGAACAUCAUAUGAUUCUUUUGUUUGUUACCACUUCGAUUUUCUGUUUGUUCCUGGAGACAAAGAAAGUUAAAGCGCAAGUCCAAGGAUUGGAAAAUGUACAGUAAGGGAGAGUGUCACUUUCUUUUUUUAUUUUUAUUUUUUAAAUUUUUUGGGUUUUACUCAAAAGAACAUCAUAUGAUUCUUUUGUUUGUUACCACUUCGAUUAAAUUCAUACUUCGGUUGUUAA